AACAUAAGUCUUGCAACAUCCUUACAUUUAAAGCCAAGACUGGUGAAACACUGCAAGGCUCGUACCAGGCUGGCGCUCCAUUGCAUGUCAGGCACCAUAUCAUAACUGACCAGACUUAGUUGAUCAUGUAAGCUUUUGUUUUGUUGAUGGUAAAAAUCGACUCGAUCUGCCGUCGUCAUGUCUGUUUUACCGAAAAGUCUGGCGGGUUUCACUCUCAUUCCAAUUGCAUACCCAAGUUCAACCCAUUUCAUCUAUGCACGGGCUCACAUCACCUCUAAAUCCAAAAUAUCGAAACCCGGCAAUAUUUUCCCUGAAGGACGGACGUUAUUCCUAGUGAACGUGCCUCCAGAUGCGACAGAGCACGAGCUCGCACUGCUGUUCAAGCACUGCGGGACAGUAGAACGUGUCGCAUUCGAAUUCAGCUCUACCGAUGCCCUGGAAGAGCACGCGUCUGAUUCUGACGAGGAGAUGGCCGAGGAAACUGAGGCGCGACCGCGAAAGAAACGAAAACUCCAGACCUCCGAGCCAACGCCCCCGGAAGUAGUACCCCUCCCCAACCUACCCCUUCGCACACUGCACAACACUGGGUCUCGUGCUCAUCUCAUUUUUAUCGAUUCUUCAUCCCUUAUGAAAGCGCUUUCGCCGCCUGCGUCAUCCAGGCCGUGGCCAUCAUCGGUGGAGCCCCGCGGUCUCUCUCAUUAUAUAGCAAAAUAUGAUGCUGAGCGACCUUCGCUAGACGCUAUCAAAGCCCACGCAGACAGCUUUAUGGAACGCUUCGAAUUUCACCUCGCGAAGAAUAAACAAGAGACCAAGUACCGGAAAGGGGAAGCGAUUGUGGAUGAGGACGGGUUCACACUUGUCACUAGAGGAGGUGCAUAUGGACAAACGCUUGGCGGAGGUGUGGGCGUUGCGAGCAAGAAGUUCAUGCUCGCUGGGAAGAGUGGAAGUAGACGAAAGACGGACAAAAAGAAGGAGAAGGACGCGUUUUAUGGCUUCCAGAAGGCUGAAAAACAACGGAAAGCUAUGCUCGAUUUGAGGAGAAACUUCGAGGCAGACCGGGCGCGCGUAGAAAAACUGAAGGAAUCGCGGCGGUUCAAGCCUUAUUAAAACAUUGUCUUCGCCAUACCUUCGGUGAAGUGGUCUAGUAUAUUGCGAAUGUAAUCUAAUGCAAGGCCGCCGAAUGGUUACUACGUUUCGGGGACUUUUUUCGACAGGCCGCCGACGCUUCCGCAAUUAACUCCGAGUGAUUCCUCGUUUCUGGAUCACAAUCGCAGGAGGCGGCGAGAUAUUCAAUUAUACCAAAUCCAUAUAGAUACGGCGGCGGAUCGUUGUGCCUGAUUUGACUGCGAGUUCCCA